UCUUUACACACUUCACAUACCCCACAUGCAUACCUCUACACAAAACACCAUUUAUAAACCUCUCACAUACCUCUCACACACUCCCCAGACACUCCUCACACACACCUAAAACACCUCUCUCACACACACACACACACAUCACGUACCCCUGUGUGUCAGGAUGAAGCUCCUUCCUCUGGUGCUCCUGCUCUCCAUCGCCCCACUGACCCUGACGGAGGUUGUGAAAGAUUUUGGUAGAUCAAAGUGUUCCAAGUUCUUCUUCCGAGGCUCGAAUAAAAAGAGCAUCAUCACCCCGACUGCUUUCAAGGGGAAUCAGUAUAAGCAGAUUUGUCAGCACUGGAACAAAGUUUACAGAUUCGCAACACUCUAUGACACUCAGCGGAGGAUCCCCGUCUACUCAGCCUACAUAUUAACUGUUCAGAAAGAAAAGAUGAACCUGUCUCUUCCUGAAAACAACCGAAAAGAAGAGUGGAAAAAUGAACCCCAGCUGGAAAACAUUAAGAACAGUCCAGACAUGAGGAAGAUCUCUGACGCUGAGAUGGACACGUUUUUUCACCAGGCUGUCAACAGAGACUAUACAGAGAGCAGUAAAUAUACGAACGUUGCUUAUACACGAGGUCACGUGUUUCCCCGUCAGUAUGCUGCUAAUGAGGAUCAGGCAGAUUCUACCUUCACGUUUACUAACGUAGCACCACAAAGAAACUAUAGCAAUACCAGAUGGGCGGAACAAGUAGAGACGCGGAUGAAAAGAGAGAUAAAGAACAAGUGCCCCCAAAAACAUACACAUCCGGCUUAUAUACUGACCGGAGUGGUUCCAGGGAGUAAAUUUAUCUCUAUAAGAAGAAAUAUUAAUAAUAAACCUAAAACAAUUGACAAAGGCAUUAACAUUCCCAGUUAUUUCUGGACUGCUUUCUGUUGUGUCACCAACAACACAACAUUUUCAAAGGCCUACGUCUCUCUGCAAAACGAUCCAAACGAUCAAACUCAUGAAUUAAUUGAGAUGAGUGUAAAUAUACUGAACUCUCAUCUCACCAGAUUGUAUAAACAAGAUUUCAGGGUUUAUGGCAGAUUUUGUUUGACUUAAUUUUCCUCCAAUCUCAUUUCCUUGAAUUCUCGAUUUAGACCUGAAACUGCUUCAUCCACGUUUUCUUACUGCACUGAUUCAUUAAUACGCUUCAUUUCACUUACAGGGACACUUUUAUUGUGCUUUGUGCUUUGGAUAACUUUUUAAUUGUAAGGAAUGUGAGGAAUAAAACAUUGUGUGUGGUUACAGUAAAUGAAUCCAUGACUGGGUGGAUUGAUGAAGCGCACUGAGACCAA